AUGCCAGGCUACAAGGACAUGGACAGCCCAGAUCCUGGUGUGGUUGAGGGAUCCCUCUUCCUUGUGGCAUCCCACACAAUGAGGGGAGGAGGCUGUGCAGCAGUUCGCUAUUCACCUGACCCAGAAAACCCUACAAAAUCGUGCGAGUCAAGAGGUUUGAAUCAUCGUGUUCACUUGAAGAACACUCGUGAAACUGCCCGGGCCAUCAGGUGUAUGCACAUUCAAAGAGUCACUACAUAUCUGAAGGAUGUCGCUUUACAGAAGCCACGUGCACCGUUCCACUGUUAAAAGGAUGGAGUCAGUAGGUGUGCCUAGGACAAACAGUGGGACUGGCUACAAGGUUGGAGGUCGAAAAAGAGUGCUGAAUUUUUGCUGAACAUUUUAAAAAAUGCAGAGAAACAUGCUGAGCUUAGGGGUUUAGAUGUAGAUUCUCUGUUCAAUGAUCAUAUCCAGGUGAACGAGUCUCCCAAGAUACAGCCCAGAACUCAAAGAGCCCAUGGGUGGAUUUACACAAAUGUGAGCUCUCCCUGCCACAUGGAGCUGAUCUUUCCUGAAAAAGAGCAGAUCAUUUCUAAACUAGAAAAGGAGUUUGCACAGAAGAAAAAGCUAUCUCAGAAGAAACUGAAGAAAUAA